ACCCUAGCCACUGUAACUACAUUUGCAGGACAUGGAUACCUUAAGUUCUCCGUCCACCCAGCGCAAGCGUGACCCCUUUCAAACAGAAUUAAGAGCCAAAAUGAAGGAUCGAAGAUCCAGGGGUUUGGGGACAGAUGUCACACCCACUGAUGAGAGUGAAGAUGAAGCACUGGGAAGUGAUGAUGACUUGUUAGCUGAAUUCAACCUGACAUCCAAACCUAAAUCUAUGAACCAACCAGGACAGUCAGCAGGCCGCAAAUCUCCCUUUGACCCUUUUGGGAAGGGUGCCCCACCCACUACCUAUGGAAGGAAGUCCCCUUUUGACUCUCUUGGAAAAGCAUCCUCAGCUAGUCAACAACAGAACUCUGCAAACCCUCAGUCAAUAGAUGAUAUGCUGUUUGGAAAGAAAAGCCCAACGGGAAAGCCAGUUCAAAAUGGGGCACAAGAAGCAGAGCCUAGCUUAGAUGACCUGUUAUUUGGCAAGAAACAAGCCCCUGUUAAGAAUGGAAUGGCAGCAGAGGAUCAGCAACAAUAUGGGUAUAGGAAAGAUCCCAUGGACUCUCUUUUUGACAAAGACAGUUCACCACGAGGACAGUACCAGAAGAAACCAUGGCAGCCUCCGUCCUAUAAAAAGAAUACUACACAGGAACAGGACAAUGAAACUAUGAAACCCAAAGCCUCACCUCGAGAUCACCCCUUCCCUCCACCUAGGAAACACAAGACAUCUCUUUCUGAAGAUUCUCCCAGGGCUGAAGAUGGGAAGAUGGAUUACCCUAAAGUGAAACCUCGCACAAGGAGGCUGUCCAAGGAGCAGGAUGAGGAGAAACCCAAGCCACGUAGACAACCAAAGGUUGACAUAUUUGGAAGUAGCACAAAGUCAGAUGAUGAUGAUGAAGAAGAAGAAGAGGUAGCAAAAUCUUUUAGGAAAAAUGCCAAAGGUAGAGCAUCCCCUUCCCCUGGCGGUCGAAAAACACCCUCUUCUCGCUCCGGAACACCAAAACUCGAAGAUGGUAAAAAAGAAUCAGCAAGUGGCCGAAAAUCUCCUGCCAAGUCCUCUGGUAUUUUAGGAUUGUUGACUGGAGAUGGUGCACCUAAACCAAAACCUAGAAAGAUGAAAUCUUUGUUAAUGAGCGAGUCUGAAGAGGAAGGUGAUGAGCAUGAUGAAAAUGAUGUAAAACAUUCCAAGUCGAAAGACAGUGCCCAGACUGAAGUAGUUAGAAAGUCUCGGAAAAGUAUACCAUCACCUGAUAGGGAGAGGGAAAGUUCAGUGUGCAGGGAGAUUGAAGAGGAUCCUGAUAAGAAAAUUAGAGAGAAAAGGGAACGUGAGAAAGAAAGAGCAAAGAGACGAGAAUCGGCAGGUAAACAGACAGAGGAACACAACAUGCUGGAGAACACCAUAGAUUUGGUGGCUGAUGUCCAGGAUGAAGAGGAGCAUGAGAUGAGCAUGAAGUACAUUGAACCAGCAACAACUGCCAAGUCUAAAGAACAACGGAAGUCCACUCCGGGAUCGAGACCGGGUUCAAGUACUAGUCAAGUGAGACCCAAACCACGUUAUGCAAAACCUGAGGUGCCCUCCUCUCCAGAACCUUAUGAGAGACCAGCCAGCUUUGAUAGCACCACUGGCAUACGGCAAGCCGUGUAUGAUGAGUGGUACAAGCAGAAAAUGGAGAAAUCAAAGCAGGAGCUGAGAGAGAAGAAGAAGAAAGAAAAAGAAGAGGAAGAGAAAAUGAAAAAGGAAAAAGAAGAAAAAGCUGUUGAGAACCAAGUCACUUAUAACUCAUGGGCUGAAAGAAAGAAACCCCUUUUAAAGGAAAAAGCUAAGGAAAAGAGAAAAGAGGAGGAAAAGAAAAGGGAAAAAGAGCAAGAAGAAUUGGAAAAAAGAAAAGCAGCAGAACUGACCUACAAAAGGUGGAAAGAAGCCAAAGAUGAGGAGUUGAAGGAGAAACACAGAGAAACCAAGAAGGCCAUGAUGGAAAAGAAACAAACUGAGGCUGAGGAGAAGGCAAUUAGGAAGAAAGACACAAUGAAGAUCUAUGAAGGAUGGAAAGCCAAAAAGGACAAUUUAUUAAAAACACAGCAUAGGGAAACCAAAAAGGUUGAGAAGGAAGAGAGAAAACAGAUAGAAAAAACACAAAAAGAGAAAGAAGAGGAAGCUAAUAGAAGAUACGAGAUGUGGAUAGAAAACAAGGAAAAACGAUGCAAGGAUGAACGUAGGAGGAAAAAAUUUGCUGAAUAUUCAGAAGAACGACCAGCUUGGAGUCCUGCAGGAAAGACAGUACCCUUUGGUCAUUAAAGAACUUGCUGUGUAUGACCGCCAGAUAUCCAACAUUGCCAAAGACUUUGGUGAAGGCUGCCAACUUUGCAUUUUGUUAGAGAUUUUGUUUCGUAGUAUUGGGUGCAAUAAUUUGGCUAAUAUUUAUUUUUUUACACUGCCAGAAACCAAUUUAAAAACUACAUCAUUCAACAAUCACCUGCCACUUUUUCCUGUGAGCUGGAAAAACUAUUAUUUUAUGUCUGAAUGUCUUCGCUUUAAAGAGCACGUUUUAGUUUUCACAUUUUUUUUACACUUCAAAGUGAAUCAAAGCAGCAGUCUCUUUGUAAAUUAUCACUUAAAAUGUAUAACCUUCACCUGCUGACAAGCACCUUCCAUCCAAUAUGGAAAUUUUUUAUACAGGCAUUUAAAACCCUCUACAGGCCUA